CGCAACCACCAAGCUCAGUUGGGCUGUGAUCGUGGAGCAGUGCCCACUGCUAUAAGCAGAGUACAAAGAAAUAGGUCUGGCCCUCUGGAAUCCAUACUUACCACCCAACCAAUCCCAUCCAGAACACAACGUACACUUCGGCAUAAUAGACUACCUUCGAGCAGUAAUGAUAGGGAUUCUGGUUCCAGUGAUUCUCAACUAAAUCAUCCAAAUUCAACAAAACGUCGGAGACGUCUUCUGAUAGAAAACGAGGAUAGUGAUGAAUUUGCUUCUCCCUCUCGAUCACAAGAGGACUUGCAAUGCAAACGACGCCGACAAUGUAUUAUACUUUCAGAUCAUAGUGAUAUUGACUCCCAUCCUCUCCACGAUUCGCCUACUAUGGGCACAACGUCUAUUGAGGCGGUUGCCACACGCAAUGCCAGUGUUAGCCAGCACGCUACCACUUCUCAGGCCGUUACUGAACAGAAAAGAACCUCUAAUGAAACAGAAGAUGGACAAGAUGGAAGUGACACAGGUCAGGAAAGUGACGAAGAACAGGAUGGAAAAAGUGAAACUGAAGAGGAAGAGACAUCUGAGAGUACAACAGAUGAUACUGAAUCAUCUGGAGAAAGUGAUUCAAGUUUUCGAUCUAUAGAAAGUUCACCCGAAUGCUCACAAAAAUUGAAACACUCUUUGCGCAGGAGUAAAAGACUGCUUGUUUCUCCACCCGAUCCACCCUCUAUUCCCAAUUGGACAGAUAUGGCUAAAGAUGUCUCAUCUGAUCGAGUAAUCUAUGAGCUAGUUGAUGACUUACACACUUUAGCCAGCGACCCAGCCCGACUAGCUGCAGCCAAAGAGGCCCAGGCGUUACUGAGACGGUUGAGAAAACCGAAGCGUCAAAAAAUUAGUAGGUUUCGCUCGAAACGGCGCAAAACCCUUGGCAAACGAUCUCGGAGGAGAAAUAAAAUAAAGAGGAAAAAAAGAACCGCUAAAAAGUCCAUGACAAUCGUUCAAAAGAAGCUCAUUAAAAAGAUGAAAAUCUCAUCUCCAGAAAACAAUAUCAAGAAUAUUGAAUCCAGUUCAUCUUAUUUAGGCCCAUCAACUUCGUACCCUAUUUGCAAGUCUUCUGAACGCUCUAUUCAUAGUUCAUUUCCAAAAUUAUCUAUUCUUGGCCGUGAACUCAAUUGUGGGUAA